GCUGCAGAGUCCAUUCUCCGUCCUGGAUCGGUUCCAUCCUGCCUCGUUGUCCCAGUGAGGACCAAGAGGAAAUUUUCAGUCCCCGAGUGGGCCAGAGAGCUGAGCCCUGAGGAGAAGGAGAAGAGACUCAAGUUUUCAGAACCAAUAUUUCCAGAUGAACGCGUGGAACGGACAUUCUACUUGGCUUGCACAGGUGACAUCAUCGAUCCAUAUGUCCCUCCUGAGGGUGAUGCCCGUCUGACCUCGCUGUCCAAAGAUGGGCUGAAGCAGAAGAUGGAGAAGCUGAAGCAGACAGCAGCCUCCCAGCUGGCCCUGAGGAAGAUCAAGGACCACGACUCGGAAUUCAGCACUAAAACCUUCCCAGAGAAGGCUCAGGAGAUAUUCAUUGAAGCUCACAAUUCCCUGGCAAAUUUCAACAAGCAGAAGCUUCACUCCCUGGUGACUGAGCGCUGCUACCCUGAAAUGGUCCGUGGGAACAGGUACAAGACCAUCAGGUGGAGCUUUGUGGAGUCUCUGGAGCCUCCCAGGGUGGUCCACGUGCGCUGUGACAGCAUCGUGAACCGAGGGAACCUGUACGGGCAGGUGACAGUGCGGAUGCACACGCGGCAGAUUUUGGCCAUCUAUGACCGCUUUGGGCGCCUCAUGUACGGAGGGGAGCAGUUGCCCAAGGACGUCUUGGAGUAUGUUGUGUUUGAGAGGCACCUGGUGAACCCCUAUGGAACAUGGAGGAUGCAUGGGAAGAUCGUUCCAGCCUGGGCCCCACCCAAGGAGCCUAUCAUUAAGACGGUGAUGAUUCCUGGCCCAACCCUGGAUCCCUCCCAAGAGUAUGAAGAAGUGAAGUAGGAAGUUCUGGAAC